CACCAGAGAUAAGAGCUUAUCAGUAGGUACUGUCGUGAGUCGUUUUGGGUGUUUCACCUGAGUUUUGAUCAUUCGCUCGUAUCCAAAGUCAUUUGAUGUGAAGAAUUUUACAGAAUUUUCAUUGAAAAAAGGAUAAUUCUUUCAUUGUUUUUGUGAUAAAUUAAAAAUGGCAUCAAAACUAGCUCUCCUGACCAUUCUUGCAGUAGCCCUGCACCUUCAGACAGUUUCUGCAAUUCGAUGUUAUGAAUGCUCCUCAAGUGACAACAAAUACUGCGCUGAUCCACCGGAUACAGGAAGUCUCCAGCCUGUGGAUUGUGGUACGGCGUCUGUGUGCUCCAAGGAGGUUCUCACGAUUUUCGAUAGGACAGUCGUUUCGAGGUGGUGUGCCAAUGCGGAUUUCUGCAAGAAUGUCGAUGAAUCCAUUGGUACGUGCUCGCUCUGCCUCACGGAUCUCUGCAAUUCCUCCAGUUUCCUCCAAAGCUCCCUCCUUGCCACCCUACUCGCCGCCACUUUGGGCUUCGUUGGUCGAAUAUUCGCAGCGUGAUGUAAGAAAAAAAGUGAGUCAUCUGUGCAAAAGCUCCGAUGUGUAGUUUAAAAUUUUGCCUUUGUCUCCUUCCCGCAGAUUUUCCACAGACAAGAAAAUUCCUCAACUUUUCAUAAACAAAAAGAAAAACGUGUGAAAUGCAAAAAUAUAGUUCCGAGAGGAAGAUGCAAACUU